AUGGUGUUAGCCUUGCCUGAUUUGGGCCUGGCACGCCAGAGUUAUCCACGAAAGUGUAUACAGCUGAAAUCACCAAAAACCCUAGCUUCUCUCAACCCGGAAAACCGGAAAGAAAAAAAGGUGGAAACCAAGCUCAAGCCAUGAUUCUCACUGAUCAAACCUCCUUCUACAACACCGAAAAAUAGCAUAGAAAAAGCAUUUAGGAGCUGAAAUGGCUGCCAAACGUUCUCUACGGCAGUUUGGCAUGUACAACACAAGGAUUUCCCAUAGCUUGUGAAUGCUGAUUAUGUUAUAGAAAUGGAACUAGAAGUUGCAAAGGGUCUUUGAAGUUUUUAUAUAUAUAUAUAUUUUUUUUCUCUGUUCUGUUUGGUUUGUGACUCUCUCGGCAGUCAAUCAGUUCAUCGUAAUGUGGAAAUCACCUACUAUGUACUUUCUUGUUGGGGGACUAACUCAACGUGGAUUGAGUAGAAUCCAAAAUGUCAGCUCUGGAUAUAGUACAAUUAUGCAUGCUCAAAUAUUUAACCAACGCGCUGCAGCAUCAUUGGAGGGUCAGCACAGCAGCCAAGACAAUAGUCUGUGUCAAGGGAAAACUGAUGGAGGUGUACGAAAGCACCAAAUUUCAGAGAAUAUUUCAAGAAAGGAUAAGAUUGAUUAUCUUGUGAGAACACUUCUUGAUCUCAAGGAUAGCAAGGAUGCUGUUUAUGGUGCUCUUGAUGCCUGGGUUGCAUGGGAGCAAAACUUUCCUACAGCAUCACUUAAGAGGGCGAUGCUUAUUCUUGAGAAGGAGCAACAGUGGCACAGAAUCGUGCAGGUAAUUAAAUGGAUGCUAAGCAAGGGGCAGGGAACCACAAUGGGAACAUAUGGUCAAUUAAUACGAGCUUUAGAUAUGGACCAAAGAGCAGAUGAAGCGCACAAGUUUUGGGAGAAGAAGAUUGGCAUAGAUCUGCAUUCUGUUCCUUGGCAGUUAUGCAGACAAAUGAUAGCUAUAUACUACCGAAAUAAUAUGUUAGAGAAUCUUGUAAAGCUUUUUGAGGGCCUUGAAGCUUUUGAUCGUAAACCUCCAGAGAAAUCAAUAGUUCUGAGAGUGGCAAAUGCAUAUGAACUUUUAGGCAAGCUCAAUGAAAAAGAGAAAGUCUUGCAGAAGUACAAGUAUCUCUUGACUGAGAACGAAUCACCCAAGAAAUCAAAAAGGAAUUUGUCUAAGAAAAAGAACAAACUGGACCACCUGAUAUUCCAAGAGAAAUCUGAAAAUCUCCUCUUAAGCAUCAAAAACUCAUGUCUGGCAUCCCGGCAAGCAUGGAUCUUCACAAGAAACAAUCUAAUCCGACAUGCUGCUGACAUCUUCAUUCAACCUGGUUCCAGCCUUUCUUAAUAGCAAUUUCAGAGGCACAUGGUAGAGCCUUGAUUUUAGCCUUUUCUGGAGACAAAGAAGAUAUAUUCCUUGCUUGCCAGAAACUAAAGCUUACCCACACAGUCCCUCACCACCAUAGCAAGACGUUAAUUCUUUCCCUAAUAGCAGCAUCUACAUUUAUCAUUGUCCACCCCUCAGCUGGCGGAAUCCAUCUAUUAAUAUGGAUAGUUUUAGAAGUAGAAAUCUGAUUUUUCCAAAAAACUAAUUCAAACUCAUCCAAAGUUGCUUCCGUUGCUUGAUUGCAUGAAUAAUAGAUUUCUUUCCUAAAAAUAUCUUCUCAAUCCUCAUAAUCCAAGUGACUCAGAACAUUGAAACAAACAAAAGCAGCACGUAGUCCUCCUCAAAACUUCCACGUAGAUCAUCCGAUGGAGGGUCUAAGCACCAUUCAACGAAAGCUUCAAAGCUAUCCACCUGGAUGGAUCGAGGUAUGUACCCACUUGCUUGCGAAAGCCAUUGACCUGAUGAAAUGGUACUCCAAAAAUAAAUGAUCAACUGUUUCUUCAUCUUCACCACAGAGAACGUAACAUCUUUCCCCUUGUCCAAUCCUAGACCAAAGUAACUGUAUUGUUGGUUAGACUCCAGCUAGAGUUCUAAAUAAAAACAAUUUUGAAAUAUGAUUUCUGCAAGAAAAAGCAAAAAGUAGAAAGAUAAAAUGCCUUGCUUAUAUAUUAUAUAGAUUUGAAAUAUUAAUUUUUUAAAAUUACUUAAUUUGUUCU